AUGCGCGCCGCCAAGGAGAGCGAGGCCACGAGCGUCGAGCAACACGCGCGCGAAUCGCUGCGCAUCGCACGCACCGCGAGAGAGCUCCUGAAGAAGUUCGCAGCAGCCGAGAAGGCCUUCCAGGCCAAUCAUGAUCCCUUUCAGAGUUCAGCCUCGAUGUUGGACCUGACCCCGGCCUCCUCACACUUCACAGAUCAGGUAAUGCAUGGAAGGCUGGAGAUCUCCAAGGAGCUGUUCCUGCUAGUGAUUCAAGACCAUGGCGUGCAGGAGCUGAUGGAUGAUCUCGACCUUCCGCCGGACCGGGCCAACCUCUUCGAGGUCAUCGACGCCGAUGGGAGUGGCACCCUUCGAGUGUCCGAACUCGUGCAAGGCCUGUUGAAGGUCCGCGGAGAGCUCAAGAAGAGUGAUGUGGUCGCCACAACUUUGGCCACUCAAACCCUGCAGCAGCUCAUCAUGGAGCUGCGAGAGGAGCAAACUGAGUUUAAGGAAACGGUCCUCCGCAACCUCCGUGAGUUGGUGGACCGCUGA